GGAGGACACAAGUAUAUGAGGAUUAAUGAUAUCAUAUACCGCUAACAAUAGUUUCUUCACAAAAAUGAAUACUAGCUUCAUCAUCCCUUUUCUGCUAUAUUUUGUUGUUCUCUUCUUAUUUAUUCCUAGUAGUGGUAGUUUUUCAUCAUCAUCAACAGUUUUCUCUUGUGGAGCUCUGAACAUCAAGUGUCCUUUUACCUUAGAAGGCCGUCCUCGAAACUGCCCAAAUGGUUGCAGCAGUCGAUUCGGGAGAUUGAUGAAACCACUAUCUUGUGGAUAUAGUCCAGCCGAGAGAAUCCUCUCUUGUGAAAACAAUAGAACUGUUCUGAAUUAUUUUUCAAAAAAGUUCUAUGUAAUUGACAUUAACUAUGAAUAUCAAAACAUUCGAUUAAUUGAUCUAGGUCUGGAAAGAGAUAAUUGUUCUUCAAUGCCCCAACAUUCACUACCUGAUAGUCAUUUCCGGAAUUAUUCAGAAAUAUCGUAUCGGUCAAAGGCAGUAGUAUACAUGAAUUGUUUGAUGAAUACAAGCGACUUUACACGUUACAUAAACGCUUCACCUUGUAUUAAGUCAUCGUUUAACAUGUUCACAUAUGUGGUCGUGAAUCCUCUUGUUUCAGAUUUUAAGGAGUCAUGUAACAGUUUUUUUACUUCUUGGAUGUCUACUGAUAGGGAUACCUUUGGUUCGUACUUGGAUGUUCAUAACGAAAUGAUGAAUGGCUUUCAGGUCUCUUGGUACUACAAAUACAAACAACCAGGUUUUCUGUAUUAUGUCAAAUAUAACAUCCUUGAAUACGGCAGACUGAUACUUACUAUUGGAGGUUCAAUUUUGCUUGGAAGAAGUAUACUUGGGACACUAUGUGUGCUUUCUAUUUUAAUUUAUAUGGUAAGAAGAAGAAACCGAGCCAUGAAUGGAGAUAUAGAAGACUUCUUAAACACCUAUGGAGACCAAAUGCCUAUGAGGUAUUCCUAUAACGAUGUCAAAAUAAUGACUAGCAAUUUCAAAGAAAAAUUAGGCCAGGGAGGGUAUGGAUCAGUAUACAAAGGAUUUCUUCGUAACAAUCGUGCUGUUGCAAUUAAGAUUCUUAGCUCAUCAAAAGGAAACGGGCAAGAUUUCGUCAAUGAAGUAGCUACUAUAGGAAGGAUACAUCACGUAAAUGUGGUACAACUCAUUGGAUUUGUAGCCGAACGUUCGAAAAGAGCUCUUGUGUAUGAACUCAUGCCAAACGGAUCUCUCGACAAAUACAUAUUUCCUCAAGAAGGAAAAAUUAGUAACCUUCUUAGUUGGGAGAAAUCUUAUGAAAUUGCUUUAGGGGCAGCUCGUGGUAUUGAAUAUUUACACGGAGGCUGUGAUAUGAGAAUACUACAUUUUGAUAUCAAACCACAUAAUAUUCUACUUGAUGAGAAUUAUAAUCCUAAAGUUUCAGAUUUUGGGCUAGCCAGGUUAUACUCGUUGGAUGAUAGUGUCAUUUCAUUAACAAUGGCUAGAGGAACUAUUGGAUACAUGGCUCCGGAAUUAUUCUACAGAAGUAUCGGUGGUGUCUCGUACAAGUCAGAUGUCUACAGUUUUGGGAUGUUGCUAAUGGAAAUAGUAGGGGGAAGAAAAAACUUGAACCCUUCAGUAGAGAAUUCAAGCCAAGUAUAUUUUCCAUCCUGGAUUUACAACCAAUUGAACCAAGGAGAAGAUAUCGAAAUUGAAGAUGCUACCAAAGAAGAAAAUGAAAUAGCAAAGAAACUAAUCAUAGUUGCACUAUGGUGUAUUCAGCUGAAGCCUAUCGAUCGCCCUUCCAUGACCAAAGUUGUAGAAAUGCUAGAAGGAGAGUCAAGACUACUGCAAAUCCCACAUAAACCAUUCUCCAUUACAUAUCUCCACGAGGAACAUGAAAGUGACACAAGUACAACUGGAAUGACACCUUCAACUACUUUAACUUAUUAGAACUCUUGGUUGCACCAGAUUAUGUUCAGUUGUCAAUUAUUGGUUUUUAAUCUUGUUAACAAUAACUGAGUUUUGUGUUUGAUUAUUGACCUUCGUUUGAUUAAUGCAAACUAUAUAACCUGGUUGGAGAUUACAGUUUAUCUAAUGCACAUGUACGGAUCCUAAAAUUUAAAAGAACAGAACUCUUAUUCUA